CCCAUUGUGAUGUCAUAUCCUGCAUCCAUGGUUUUUCCGCCUGGAACAUGUGUUUACCAAAAAUGUGCCGAAACUUAUAACAGCCUGUUUGCAAAAUUAGCUUUAUUUUAUUAAAAUAAAACUUUUCUUUGUAGUGAACAUGGGGAAGCUGAAUGUGGUGGUGUUGAGAUACUUAUCUCGGGACGACUUCCGAGUUCUAACCGCUAUAGAGAUGGGCAUGAAGAACCACGAGAUCGUUCCUGUGAGCCUUCUGGCUUCCAUCGCCAGCCUCAAACACGGCGGCUGCAAUAAGAUCCUUAGAGAACUGGUCAAACACAAGCUUGUGGUCUAUGAACGCAGCAAGACUGUGCAGGGCUACAGACUCAACUACGGCGGAUAUGACUACUUGGCUCUGAAGACCUUGUGCUCUAGAGAGGUCAUUCUGUCAGUUGGCAACCAGAUGGGUGUGGGAAAGGAAUCAGAUAUUUAUAUUGUGGCAAAUCCAAACGGCGAUCAGUAUGCUCUGAAGCUCCAUCGGCUGGGUCGAACCUCCUUUAGGAAUCUUAAAAACAAGAGAGAUUACCACAAACAUCGAAAGAACAUGUCCUGGCUCUACCUUUCACGCCUCUCUGCAAUGAAAGAGUUUGCCUACAUGAAGGCGCUGUAUGAUCGAGGCUUUCCUGUUCCCAAACCUGUGGACUAUAACAGACAUGCUGUAGUAAUGGAGCUCAUCAAUGGAUUUCCUCUGUGUCAGGUACGCGAGUUACAGGACCCGUCAGCUCUGUACAGCGAACUCAUGGAGCUCAUAGUCAAACUGGCCAAUCACGGCCUGAUUCAUGGAGACUUCAACGAGUUCAACCUUAUGGUGGAUGACCAGGACCGUGUAACUAUGAUUGACUUCCCACAAAUGGUCUCCACAUCACACACCAAUGCUGAAUGGUACUUUGACCGUGACGUCAAAUGUAUCAAAGAUUUCUUCAUAAAAAGGUUCAGUUAUGAAAGCGAGUUAUAUCCAACGUUUAAGGAUAUAAGACGGGCUUGUUCUCUAGAUGUGGAAGUUUCCGCCAGUGGCUUCACCAAAGACUUUGAGAGAGAUGCUACCUUGCUCUACCCAGCUGGACCUGAAGAAGAAGAGGACGAGCUGGAAGAAGGUCAAGAUGAAGAAACGGACGAGGAGACAGAAAGAGAAGAGGAGGAUGAGAGCGGGACCAUGGCGCAGUAUGAGCAUGCAAUGCUGGAACUGGAGGGACUGAAAGUUUGUGAAACAAAUGCAAACAUUGAUCAGGCAGCAGAAAUGACCGAGGAAACAAAGGAAGAGGAAAUGUCAACAUCACCACAAGUUAGGAAUCUGGAGGAAAGAGAGGAGGUAGAGGAUGAGUUGAAGGAAGCAGAAGAUGACUGCCCAGAGCUGACAGACUUGUCUUCCUCCAACAGGGAGUUCAAACCUUUCAGAGAUGCAGACAGUCUUCAACAUGUUGCUGAACACAGGAGAAGGGCAGACAGUGAAGCCACUGUUGGUAGCAUUGGGAGCUGCUCCACCAUUCCACCUGAGGUUGUUCGUCAAAAAGUGCAUAGGCAGCUCACCAAGCAGCAAAAGGCUGCUCAAAGGAGACGUCUGCAGAAAGGAGAGGCCAACCUAGUGACCAAGUCCAGGAGGGAAAACCAAAAUAACAUCAAGUCCAGCCUGGAGAGCGCCGACUUCUGGGGAUAAUUGGGACUUCUGUGUUGGAUAAACAGAAUUUAUACACGCAUAUAUAUGAAUACAUGUGAAGACUUUACAUUUCAUUGUUUGGUUCCACUAUUUGAUGGAUGGAUACGAAAAAAACAAGUCAAAGGAAGAACAAAGUGAUCAUUUUAUGACCUUGAUUUCUGUCAAAACAGGACAUUUUCAUAUUCAGACAGAAGUACAAUAUACAAACCAAUGUCUAAUAUAAAUAUCAUCAUUGCCCUCAAUUUAGUAACAAUUUUAACAAAAAAAUUAAAUGAAAGCCCUUUUCAAAACCACAUCAUUAAAGUUGCAAAAGUGUUCUUUUCAAGUGAGUUAUAACAGAAAGUUGCAAUAAAAGAACUGCAAGGUA